AUGGACGGCCCCACACUCUGCAACGGCUUUCGCAAGAAGCGGCGCUCCCGCUCGCAGCGCGACCGGGCGAGGCGCUCCAAACGCGGAUUAUUACAAGGUGCUGCUGCUGCUGCUUCUCCCGGCGGGGCGGCUCUGGUGGUGGUGGCGGCGGAGCCGAGGCGGACGCCCCCCGCCCCGUCCGUCCUUUCUUCCUCGGGCUCCGAGCUCGACAACAAUGGCAAGCCGCCGCUGCCGCCGACGUGCCGGCCCAAGCCCCCCAGGAGGAAGCGGAGGGAGUCUUCCUCGCCCGAGGAGGACAUCAUCGAUGGCUUUGCCCUGGCCAGCUUCGUCACGCUGGAAGCCUUGGAGGUGAGGGCGCCCGGGCUCCCCGUCGGGGGUGGCGGCGGCGGGGCUAUAUUCUAG